ACGGAUCGGUACGGAUCAGUCCGUAAAUAAGGUUUCGAAGGAUCAAGUCCUUACUGCACGUGGCGUCUGAUGGUUGGCCCGGCGAUAUGUUGUGUUGGGUUAUGUCGAGAAAAAAAAACAUUCGCGACCGAAGGUUAGAAAAAAAAUCAGAGCUCUCGACGAAAGGCGAUUUCUCUCCAUCUUCGAUUUCUCUCCAUCGUCGAUCUUCAAAGGCCAACGAACAUGGGACAAGACUAUAGCUACACGCAGCCUUCAUCAGAGGAGUUCGACAUCAACUCUUUACUUGAAGCAGAAGCUGCUCUCUACGGGGAUGAAGCUCAGAGUAGCUACAUAAUUGCAGAGGCGGAUCAGUACCCACCAGAACCUGAGGCUGAUGAAGGAAUACCGAGGACAUGCUAUUGCGGUAGUGAGGUUGUUGUUGAAACCUCGUACACUCGUAAAGAUCCAGGAAGGAGGUACUUCUCCUGCAACAACGUUGACGAUGGAGACUCUCACAUCUGGAAAUGGUGGGAUGUGGUGAUUCAAGAAGAGCUUCGUGAAACGCAGACACAACUUAGGAUGGUCAAGGAUCAAUUCUUUGAGAGUGACCAGAAGGUGGCUAAGCUUGACAAGAUCGUGGGUGUGUUAACUAAGAAGACAUCAGUGAUUAACUAUGGUUUGGCAAAGGGAGUUAGUGUACUGGUGUUGGUGAUACUGGUCAUCGUUAUGGGCUGGAAGAGCUUCGGAGGUUUUAAACAUCAGUGUCAGAACUCGAGAAGGGGUUGGCAGGUAACUUGUUUCACGCUUACUUACUAGUUUCAGUAAUAAAAAAAAACUUAUCUCUUCAUGCUUUAAUUGUUUUUAAUGCUAGAUUUGAUAGAAUCGUACUUGUUAGGUUUAAGUGUAGCUAGUGUAGAACUUAUUAGUAUAAUUAGAGUGGUGGUAAAUGCUUGUUUGCUUUCUAUCUGCCUAACAACUCCAAAACUAAAUGCGAACUUACUUUCUAUUGGUUACUUAAGGGUUUGUGUUGCUAAUAGAGUAACAGAAACCUAUAAUCUAAACAUGAAUACCACAACUGGCUUUGUUAAUCUAAUGUAUAGUCAAUCUUCAGUUGAUCUUGAGUCACCCGAACCAGCUUGGUUCGGGUCCCAAGGUCCUGAUGAGUUUGUUUUCCACCCUGGUGUCGAGUCUUCUUUCCAACCUGGUGUCCAGUCUGCUGUGCAGCCUGGUGUCCAGUCUGCUGUGCAGCCUGGUGUCCAGUCUGCUGUGCAGCCUACUGUCGAGUCUGCUAACAAAGAGAGGAGGAAAUGGUCUCCUAAUGAGGAUAAAAUCCUCAUUGGUGCUUGGCUUAACACCAGCAAAGACCCCGUUGUCAGCUGUGACCAGAAAGCUGAACGUUUCUAGAAGAGAAUUGUUGACUACUACAACGCAAGCCCUCAACUGGUUGGGACAGUACCUAGAGAGCUUGGUCCAGCGAAGCAGCGGUGGGCUAGGAUUAACGAGCAGGUCUGUAAGUUCGUUGGAUGCUAUGAGGCGGCGUUGAGGGGGCAGAGAAGUGGUCAGAAUGAAGACGAUGUGAUGAAAGCUGCCCUCGAAUCAUUCUUCAACAUUUAUGAGCACAAGUUCAGCCUCGAACAUGCGUGGAGGGAGCUGAGGCAUGACCAGAAAUGGUGCACCACCUAUAUGGUUAAAGAUGGUGGGAAGGAGAAGCGCAAACCAGUGGUGGACGUUGAUACAGAAGAUGAUGUUACCGAACCUGAAAGCAGACCAGUUGGUGUGAAAGCUGCUAAAGCAGCUGGUAAGAGGAAGAAGAGUGGCAAGGAAGAAGAGAUGUCACAGCUUCAGUCCAUCAUGGAAAUGAAAGAAAAGCUCUCUAAACAAAAGAUUCUAGAACGUUUACUUGCCAAAAAAGAUCCUCUCUCCGAGAUGGAAGAAUCUCUUAAACUGAAACUCAUGACUGAGAUGUUAUGAUGAUAUUUAAGGUAUUAGGUUAGUUACAUGUAGUUACAUGUAGUUAGAUGUAGUUUCUAUUUGUAUCACAUGUCGUAUUACUUUAUUUAUUUGCUAACUCUUGUCUUUUUUUUUCUUUCAGGA